GAGGCGGAGCCUCCCGACCAGAAUCAGCCAGUGGGGGCUGGGAAGCCUCUCCUUUUUUCUCCUCCCUGUUGCCUCCACCUGGCUCCUCCCUGUGCUCGCUAGCUCCCCUCCCCCCUUCCCCAAGGACAGUGUGUAAAGGAAGCCGCUGCCGAGAAGAGCUAAGACUAAAAGAGUGGAUCAUGACCCAUGAAGAGCAUCAUGCAGCCAGAACCCUGGGGGUCGGCAAGGCCAUCGCCGUGUUAACCUCUGGUGGAGAUGCCCAAGGUAUGAAUGCUGCUGUCAGGGCUGUGGUUCGAGUUGGUAUUUUUACUGGUGCCCGUGUCUUCUUUGUCCAUGAGGGUUAUCAAGGCCUGGUGGAUGGUGGGAACCACAUCCGGGAAGCCACCUGGGAGAGCGUUUCAAUGAUGCUUCAGCUGGGAGGCACGGUGAUUGGAAGUGCCCGGUGCAAGGACUUCCGGGAACGAGAGGGACGACUCCGAGCUGCCUACAACCUUGUGAAACUUGGGAUCACCAAUCUGUGUGUCAUUGGUGGCGAUGGCAGCCUCACUGGGGCCGACACCUUCCGUUCUGAGUGGAGCGACUUGUUGAGUGACCUCCAGAAAGCAGGUAAGAUCACGGCUGAGGAGGCUAUGAAGUCCAGCUACCUGAACAUCGUGGGCCUGGUUGGCUCAAUUGACAAUGACUUUUGUGGCACCGAUAUGACCAUUGGCACUGACUCUGCCCUGCAUCGGAUCAUAGAGAUUGUAGAUGCCAUCACUACCACUGCUCAGAGCCACCAGCGGACGUUUGUGCUAGAAGUGAUGGGCCGGCACUGUGGAUACCUGGCCCUUGUCACUUCUCUCUCCUGUGGUGCCGACUGGGUUUUUAUUCCUGAAUGUCCACCAGAUGAUGACUGGGAGGACCAUCUUUGUCGCCGGCUCAGCGAGACAAGGACCCGUGGUUCUCGUCUCAACAUCAUCAUUGUGGCUGAGGGUGCGAUCGACAAGCAAGGGAAACCAAUCACCUCAGAAGACAUCAAGAAUCUGGUGGUAAAGCGUCUGGGCUAUGACACCCGGGUCACUGUCUUGGGGCAUGUGCAGCGGGGUGGGACACCGUCUGCCUUCGACCGAAUCCUGGGCAGCAGGAUGGGUGUGGAAGCAGUGAUGGCACUUUUGGAGGGGACCCCAGAUACCCCAGCCUGUGUAGUGAGCCUCUCUGGUAACCAGGCUGUGCGCCUGCCCCUCAUGGAGUGUGUCCAGGUGACCAAAGACGUGACCAAGGCCAUGAAUGAGAAGAAAUUUGAGGAAGCCAUGAAGCUGAGAGGCCGGAGCUUCAUGAACAACUGGGAGGUAUACAAGCUUCUGGCUCACGUCAGACCCCCAGUAUCUAAGACUGGCUUGCACACGGUGGCCGUGAUGAAUGUGGGGGCCCCGGCUGCAGGCAUGAAUGCUGCCGUCCGCUCCACUGUGAGAAUUGGCCUCAUACUGGGCAACCGAGUCCUGGUUGUGCAUGACGGCUUCGAGGGUCUGGCCAAGGGUCAGAUUGAGGAAGCUGGCUGGAGCUAUGUUGGGGGCUGGAUUGGCCAAGGUGGUUCUAAACUUGGGACUAAAAGGACUCUGCCCAAGAAGAGCUUAGAACAGAUCAGUGCCAACAUCACUAAGUUUAAUAUUCAAGGCCUUAUCAUCAUCGGGGGCUUUGAGGCAUACACUGGGGGCCUGGAACUGAUGGAUGGCAGGAAGCAGUAUGACGAGCUCUGCAUCCCAUUUGUCAUCAUUCCCGCGACGGUCUCCAACAACGUCCCUGGCUCAGACUUCAGCGUGGGGGCCGACACUGCACUCAACACCAUCUGCACGACCUGUGACCGCAUCAAGCAGUCAGCUGCAGGCACCAAGCGUCGGGUGUUUAUCAUUGAAACUAUGGGCGGCUACUGUGGCUACCUGGCCACCAUGGCAGGACUGGCAGCUGGGGCCGAUGCUGCCUACAUUUUUGAGGAGGCCUUCACCAUUCGAGACCUGCAGGCGAAUGUUGAACAUCUGGUGCAAAAGAUGAAAACAACUGUGAAAAGGGGCUUGGUGUUAAGGAAUGAGAAGUGCAAUGAGAACUAUACCACUGACUUCAUUUUCAACCUGUACUCUGAGGAGGGAAAGGGCAUCUUCGACAGCAGGAAGAACGUGCUUGGCCACAUGCAGCAGGGUGGGAGCCCAACUCCAUUUGAUAGGAACUUUGCCACUAAGAUGGGCGCCAAGGCUAUGAACUGGAUGACCGGGAAAAUCAAAGAGAGUUACCGUAAUGGUCGGAUCUUUGCCAACACACCAGACUCGGGCUGUGUUCUGGGCAUGCGUAAGAGGGCCCUGGUAUUUCAACCAGUGACUGAGCUAAAGGACCAGACAGAUUUUGAGCACCGUAUCCCCAAGGAACAGUGGUGGCUGAAGCUGAGACCCAUCCUCAAAAUCCUAGCCAAGUAUGAGAUCGACUUGGAUACCUCAGAGCACGCUCACCUGGAGCACAUCAGUCGGAAGCGGUCUGGAGAAGCUCCUGUCUAAACGUCUUUGGAGUGAGGGGAACGGAUUGCCUGAUCAUGGUCAGCUUGCCCCCUGAUAGAUCCAAGUCCAUGUAUUUGCAAGUGUUUUAGCUCAUUUUUCAUUAGGUUUCGUUUUAUUUGGUAACUGCAGCCAUGAUCAGCUCUGACUAGGGGGCAAUGAGUGGAAGCUCCUUGUAGGUAGAAUUUAUCAUGACUUCUACCCCAGCUUCAUCGGUCACACAAGGCUGGGCUCCUCUAGUGCUACUGCUAGAUUUCAGUUACUCGGUUAGAAUUUUCCUAAAAAAUAAGCUUUAUUUAUUUCUUUGUGAUAACAAAGUCUUGGUUCCUCUACUACUUUUGCGACAGUGACAAACAAUAACUACACUAAUAAAUGCCAACUGGUCACUGUG